AUGUUGUGGAAAUUAGCAGACAACGUCAAGUAUGAGGAUGAUUGCGAGGAGAGACACGACGGCAGCAGCAAUGGCAACCCGCGUCUGCCCCACCUGCCGGCGGUCAGCCAGCACCUCUACAGCCCGUCCCCGGCCCUCUCUCACUCGGCCAGCUCGGACUUCCAGCCGCCGUACUUCCCGCCCCCUUACCAGCCCAUCUCCUACCCGCAGUCGGGCGAUCCGUACUCCCACCUGGGCGACCCGUUCAACAUCAACUCGCUGCAUCAGUCGCCGUCGUCAAACCAGCAGCAGCCGUGGCCGGGGCGCCAAGGCCAGGAGGGACUCUCGGCGCACGGCCGCAGCGGCCUGGCCGGCCAGAUCCUCGGCCUGGAGGCGGGCGGAGGCUCAUCCGGGGUGAGGAGGGAAGGCUUCCGCCGGCCGGAGCUGCUGCCUCCACACGCUCACGGCAUCGAGGCGGCGGUGAUCGGCGAGAGCAUGGGCAUGCACGACAUGGGCCACGGGAUGGACGACGUGCAGCACGUGGAUGACCACAGUAUUAUCAUGGCAGACCAGACAGUCAUAAAAAAAGGGCCCGUUACUCUCCCCAAAGGCAACUCGCUGGGCCUACCCUUCCAAAAGGAAUCCCUACUGGGGAUGGUGUCCAACCCCACGGAGGUGUUCUGUUCCGUCCCGGGUCGUCUCUCGUUGCUGAGCUCCACCUCCAAGUACAAGGUGACGGUGGCCGAAGUCCAGAGGCGACUCUCGCCACCCGAGUGCCUCAACGCGUCGCUGCUUGGAGGAGUUUUACGCAGAGCCAAAUCGAAAAACGGAGGCCGUUCGCUGCGAGAAAAGCUGGACAAAAUCGGCCUCAACUUGCCCGCGGGGAGAAGGAAGGCGGCCAACGUCACUCUACUAACCUCGCUGGUGGAAGGCGAAGCUGUUCAUUUAGCCCGUGACUUCGGUUACGUGUGCGAGACGGAGUUUCCUGCCAAGGCCAUCGCGGAGUACCUGGGCCGGCCGCACGUGGAACGCAACGAGGUUAAUUCUCGCAAGAAUAUGCUUCUGGCUGCCAAGCAAAUCUGCAAGGAGUUCACAGACCUACUGACACAGGACCGCUCGCCGCUGGGAAAUUCGCGUCCGGCGCCCAUCCUGGAACCGGGCAUCCAGGGCUGCCUGACCCAUUUCAGCCUGAUCAGCCACGGGUUCGGUUCGCCGGCCAUCUGCGCCGCCAUGACCUCGCUGCAGAACUACCUGAACGAGGCUCUCAAACACGUGGACAAGAUGUACCUGAGCUCCGACGCGCAGGGAGGCGCCGACGGCGGGAGCAAAGCUGCCGACAAACUGGACAAGCACAGGAAAUGA